AUGGAGGAUCUCCCGGAGCCACUGCUUGCAGAUAUCAUCGAGAGGAUUACCGUGUCGAGUGAUCUCAAUUCUCUUUGCCUCGUGUCAAAGCGGCUCUGUGCCGUCGAGGCGGAGCAUAGGCGUGCUCUCCGUGUUGGCUGUGGUGUUGACCCUACAACGGAAGCCUUGACAUCACUGUUCUCCCGGUUCUCCAAUUUGUGGAAAGUGGAGAUCAAUUACUCUGGUUGGACACCCAGUCAUGGGGACCAGGUGAACAACCAAGGCAUCCUUGUUCUAUCGCAUCAUUGCCCCUUGCUGUCUGAUCUCACCUUAAGCUUCUGUGCACACAUUGAUGAUGCUUGCCUUAGUUAUCUACCUUACUGCAAAAAGUUGAGGUCCCUCAGGCUGAGCUUUGCACCAGCAGUAACUUCUACUGGGAUUUUCCGAGUGGCCGUUAGUUGCUGCUAUCUCUCUGUUUUCCACCUUGUUGACUGUAUAGCAAUAGACAACGUGGAGUGGCUGGAGUACCUUGGGAAGUAUGGAUCAUUGGGAGAACUUGUUGUGAAGGAUUGCGAUGGAAUCAGCCAGUGUGACCUCCUAAAAUUUGGUCCCGGAUGGAGGAAGCUCCAAAGGUUUGAGUUUGAGGUUAAUGGAACUUACUGGUUGAGCGAGCCCCGUGACCCCUCCUAUGUGUCUGGCUACCCAUAUGGCUAUGACCUCUGCUGUGAUAGUUUGAAGGAUCUUAGGUUGGCUCAUAUUAUAACCGAUCGAGAAAUUGGGCUUCGUUUUCUACUGGGGAAGUGCAACACAUUGGAGACACUUUACCUGGAGUAUGUUAUUGGUCUACAUGAGAAUGAGAUGAUUUCACUAUUCCAGAGGUGCAGCAACCUUAAACCGUCUCACUUCGACUCAAGCCUCUGCACUGUGAAGAUUUUGAGUAUAGGGCAGCACUGA